AAAUGGAAUGUGCCGUGGACAAGUGGUCUUCGCCUUCUCAUUUUGAUCUGCCGUUCUCAUAUUCAUCGCCAAUUUCAUCUCCCGAUUUCUGCCGGUCGAGUGCCGCCUGUACCAAAUAGAUCGGACCGGAAAAAGAAUGGCAACCCCAGCUCCGGACGACUUCGGGAACCACAUCGUGGUGGCCAAGGCGGCGCUAUCUGCCACAGCAUCCGUGACGGCCACCAUGAUGGUCGUGCGGUCAGUGGUUCAGCCAUUCCUCCCCCGUGAACUCCGGGGCUUCCUCUUCUCUGGGAUCCGUGGCUUCCUGUCUCGCUUCUCCAACGAAAUGACCAUGGUCAUUGACGAGUACGAUGGGAUCAACCCGAACGAGCUCUUCCAGGCGGCCCAAAUGUUCUUGCCUGCCAAGCAAUUCCCUUCAAUGGUGGUGCGGUCGGUGGUUCGACCCUUCAUCCCCCGCGAAUUCCAGGACUUCCUCUUUGACUUCCUCAUUUCCAGGAUCCGCGGCUUCUCGUCUCGCUUCUGCAACGAAAUGACUAUGGUCAUCGAACGGCACGACGGGUACGCCCAAAACGAGCUCUUUGGGGCGGCCCAGGUUUUCCUGGCCGCCAAGCAAUCCGUUUCCGUACGGCGCGUGCGAGUGACCAAGUCCACGAAGGAGACCCACUCCACUGCGGCUAUUAUUGACCAGAAUCAAAUGCUCGUGGAUACGUUUCACGGGGUCAAAUUGAAGUGGGCUUUGGUGUCAAGACAAGUCGGCUCGGGCAACCGAGUUCAUCAAGGCCCAAACUCAACGGUUCAACACGGAGAUCAGUACUUUGAGCUCACUUUUGACAAGAAACAUGUGGAGAUCGUGGACAAAUCCUAUCUGCCUUUCGUCAUGGACCAGGCCAAGUCCAUAAAGCAGGGGAAGAAGACGUUGAAACUUUACACUGCAAGUUCAUUCUCGGGCCCAUGGUCCUCGGUGAACCUCGACCACCCGGCGACGUUCCAGACAUUGGCCAUGGACCUAGAGCUCAAGAAGAAGAUCCUCGACGACCUCGACAUGAGAGUUGGCAAGGUGUGGAAAAGAGGGUACCUAUUGUACGAACCCCCUGGAACAGGAAAAUCAAGCUUGGUCGCUGCGAUGGCCAAUUACUUGAACUUCGACAUAUACGACCUAGAACUGAGUGGGCUUCGGAGCAAUGCGGACCUCAGGAGAUUGCUCGUCACCACUGCGAAUCAGUCCAUAUUGGUGGUCGAGGACAUCGAUUGCACCAUUCAGUUGCAAGAUAGGAAUCCAAGAACACGAGCCACCAGCAUGAAUCCGAUGUUGAUGUGUUAUCAACAACAAGAUUAAGUGACGUUGUCCGGAUUUCUCAACUUCACCGAUGGGCUUUGGUCAAGCUGCGGCAAUGAGUGAAUCAUAGUCUUCACGACAAACCAUGUUGAGAAACUAGACCCGGCCAUAUUGCGCCCAGGGCGCAUGGAUUUGCACAUUCCCAUGUCCUAUUGCACCCCUUGUGGGUUCAGGCUUCUAGCUUAUAAUUAUCUCAGGAUCGAUCAUCAUGAGCUUUUCAACCAAAUUGAGAGCAUGAUCACGAUGGCUAGAGUCACUCCAACUGAAGUAGCGGAGGAGUUGAUGAAGUGCGAUGAAUCGGAGAUCGUCCUCAGGGACAUGGUUUCCUUCCUCACCAAUCACAAGAGGAAAGAAAAUGAAGAAGCCAUCUAG